AGAGAGAGAGAGAGAGAAGAGAGAGAAGUAUAUCAGAAGCCUAAGUGGUUCACUGUUUCUCUGAUUUUGAUGCAUUGCAGAAGCAAAAAAAAUAGUAACUAAAAAGUUUUAAUAGAAAAAAACAAAAAAAAUGGCGGAAAAAAAUUAUAUAGAGAUAGAUCAUGUUUUUGCUAAGCCAAAGUAGAAUCUCUACCUCUUCUGCAUUUUGGGAUUUUCUUUUGUUCUCUCUCACCUUUCAAGUUUUAACAGAGGAAAACCAGUAAGGAAUUGCUGGUUUUCUUGCUAGAAGAUUUAGGUUUAUAGAUAAUGCAGUGUAAGACAACAUACUUCAUAGGCAAGUACAAUGGAUGAUAAUCUGAUGGCUGACCCUAAUUCGGAGUCCUUUUUUCAGCCUGAUACAUUGGGUUUAAGGCAUAUUGGCAGCUCACUUUUCAAUAUUCCUGGUUUCCUUGUUGGAUUUAGCACUAAGGGUUCUUCAGAUUCUGAUAUGGUAUGGAGCCCUACAUCUCCUCUUGAUUUGAGAGUUUUUACAAAUUUUAGCAACCCAUUUAGUGUUAGGUCUCCUAGAUCAUCAUCCCAAAGUGGUUAUCUGAAGAAGUGGGAUUGCGAUAAGAUAGGUUUGGGCAUUGUGAAUUUGCUGGCUGAUGAAAUUAAACCAGAUGGUGAUGAUCUUGAUUCUCCAAAGAGGAAGAAUAUAAUAUUUGGACCACAGGUGAAGACUAAAUUUCCAUAUUCUUCAAGGUAUUCCCAUGAAUUCCUCAGUAAUUCUAUGAAAUCCAAUUCUUUGCCUAGGAAUUAUAUAAUUUCACCACUUUUCCAAGCCAGAAAACCCAACACCAAAUCAGAGUAUUCUAGUCUUGUCAUUGGAAAUGAGGAAGAGCUAUUAGAACAGAAACCAGAUUCCCAGCUUUCCCCUUCUUUUAUUGCCUCUACCCGAAAUUCCAAUUUGAGUUCCAGAAGUUUUUGUUCAGAAAAUGGAACCAUCAGCAUUAAUAGUUCACCUCUGCCAAUUGGCAGAGCUUUGCAAGUAGAUAAUUCUUUGGUAAGUAAACCAAGUUCACUUCCUGUACUCAUUGGCCAUAGCAUGGGAUCUCUCUCUGCGCACGAGAUAGAGCUUUCUGAGGAUUAUACUUGUAUAAUUUCUCAUGGUCCAAACCCCAAAACAACUCACAUUUUUGGUGACUGUAUUUUGGAAUGUCACAAAAAUGAGUUGACCAAUUUUGACAAAAAGACAGAACUGGGAACAAAAGUGCCUCAACAGGGUAAGAGCACAGAGGCUUCAAACGCUUACCCCUCUGAUGAAUUUUUGAGCUUCUGUUACUCUUGCAAGAAAAAGCUAGAGAAGGAUAAAGACAUUUACAUUUACAGAGGUGAAAAGGCAUUUUGCAGUUUUGAUUGCCGCUCUGAGGAGAUUUUCGCAGAGGAGGAAAUGGACAAAACCUGUAAUAAUUCCUCCAAUGGUUCUCCUGAGCAGAGUGAUGAUGAAGAUAUCUUCGUAAUGGGUAUGCCCAUUAACAUGUAAUGGGCUAUAACUAUGAUUGCUUUUUGCAGGCUUCCAUGCUAAGACUGAUAAAAUUGCUGCAAAGUUUAAUUCCUGGAUCAUCUGUUCAUAAAGAGCUGUUUAUGUGAAUCUGUUUGCAGCCAUGGACGAUGGCAGCAUAAAUCGUGAGUCAUGGAUAGCACAGCAUAGAGUUUGAUUCAUAGUCCGGAGACAGAUAUAAUAUUAGACUGUUGUUGCACUAUAAUUUUGAUUAGAUGAGUUAGUAGUGGCCAGAAGCCCAAUCUCAUCGGUUUUCCUUUUUAUAUAUUUUAUUGUCAUUGCUCUGGUGUGAGCUGUAGUAGAAGCCUCUUGAACCUGAAGAACUCAUUGUUGAAUCUUGAACAAAUGUGGCGUUAUUGAAUGCAUUCUCUUUCAGAUAAUUCUUUUUAGCCUGCAGUUAUCUUUCCUGUUCUUUGGCAAUAUAUGACAACAAAAUGGAGAUUAAUCUUAUUUUUCUGCCAUGGGUUCUAGUUUAUUAUGAAUGUUAGUGGGUAUAAUCUGUUUGUGAUUUAGUGAUGUCAAUUUCUUGCAAAUUUGGAUGCAUAUGGUUGACUGGUAAUGCUGAAGAACAUUGUCAGACUGAAUGCAUCCCCCUUCCGACAACCAAUAAUUUGUGUGUCAAUGCUCGGACCAGCUAUGCUUUUUGUCCAUUCUGCUGCAUGGAAGAUACACUUGACAUCUUCCAUUCAUCUUGCUUGAAGAUUAGUGUUAAAUUUUUGCAUAGAAGUUUGAUAUAUAUAUUUUUUCC